UGGCGAUAAGAUUUAAAUGCAGAAAUAUUCACACACUGGACUCACUGUUAGUUAUGUACAAAGCCCUUACACCAGCAUUCUCAAACUCCUAAAUGUUGUCAUAUUAUCAUGUCUCAGGACUCUCACUCUAUGCCGUCUACCACAACUUUGCAGUGUAGCUGUUUUAAAAAGGGGUCCAGAUUCAAACACAUGAUUCUUAUAAUGCAUUUUACAGUUUAUUAUGGUAUUUCGAGUCAAAUUUGAAGUCAUCUUGGCUUGUGCAAUAUGUUUUUAGUCAAUCCAACCACCCAGAGCACAUUUUCAGAUCAUGCCAUGUGCACUUUUUCACACACUAAUGGCAAAGGCUGUUAUUACAAGGGGCAGUAGUAGCUGAGGAGGUAGAGUGGUCAUCCAAUAACUGGAAGAUUGGCGGUUUGAUCCCCAUCCUAUUUCUAGUCGUUCGUUGUGUCCUUUGGCAAGACACUUAACCCACCUUGCUCCCAGUAUGUGUCCUCCACUGGUGUGUGAUUGUGAGUGAUGUUUGGUGUGUGAUUGGAAAGGCCUUAGGCGUGAAUUGGAAAACACAUUUCCAUCAGUCUGCCCCAGGGCAGCUGGGACUACUAAGGUAGUUUACCACCACCAGGGUGCGACUGUGGGAACAAAUGAAUGAUGUAUCCAAUGUAAAGCGCUUUGAGGUCACUGAUAAAAAAGCGCCAUAAAAUCUGAUGCAUUAUUAUUAUCAUUACAUAGUGCCCAGUCCUCAGUUCUUUUCUAUAAAUUCAUGCAGAGACACUCUGCAGGAUCCGGUGUCUUGCUCAAGGACACCUCAGACUGCAGGAUGCAAGGAUCAAAUCACAACUACAAAACCUGCUAUUGAUAUAUGACUCACUCCUCUACUGAUGCACAAAAGCUCACCAUGAUCAAUGCACACAUGAUGUUCCCAGGUUUUGUUAUAUGACCUUCUUUUAUGUGGAGAGUAUGAAGUAGGCUCCAAGUAUGUUUCAGAUCUCUGAGUUGUUCUGCCAAAGCAUGUUUCCUCCUUAAACGUCACACAUGAUUUCAUUUGAGUUUUGUAAUAGCUCAGCUUCAAUUUAUGUAGCAAAGCUUUUUUUUCUUUUUCUUUCCUUGACAUCCUUUAAUCUCACAACUCUUUCUAUCUGACCCUGCAAAGGUAGGGAAUCCAUAACCAACCCAACUCCUUAUGAAGUAGUUAAAGCAUAAACAUUUAAUGCUUGUCAGCCUCCAGGACUAGUAUUUUCAGUUUAUAUUCCCGAUACCUAUAGCUUCACUGCCACACUUUUGCUUUUUGACAUUUACUUUUGUCGUCAAGUAUUUCUGUGAUGUUUUAUCAGGACUUGAACAACAGUAAAAGUAUGUGGAAAAUCCAGCUCCUCAGGGUUUAACAUUUAAUGUCUCCACUUGUGACGCUGAUGCUGUUCUCUUUUCUCUGAACUCUUAUUUUCAGUAUAUAUUAAUAAAGGAAGUGGGUUUGUUGAGGCGGAGGGACCACUUCGCAGAUGCAGAAGUGAAACUGACAAGUAGAACUCUACUUUUACAUGCUCAAAAACUCAGUGCCAUUUGCGUCUCAGACUGACGAUCAGACAACGGGAAGAGGGGUAAAAGAGGCAGAAAAGAAGAUAAAAGUGUCCACAUCAUGUUGGCUGAAGGUUUCCUCCGAGCGCUGCAUUACAGAGAGGAGAGGAAGCUCACCUCAGACUCCAAACUGAGGAAAUCACAGACUUGCUCUCCAACAGAGCCCAAAAGCUGUACCCUCUCUGACUCGAGCUCAACAGACUCACAGACUGAUGCAGCUGAAGCAGGUAAAGAUUUUUAUUAAAUGCUAAAUUAACUGUCUGAUACACUGAUGUCUGCGCUGAAUCACCAUCUACGCUCUAACUUUACAUUGUGGUCUUCUUCAACUUCCCCAUAACUUAAAAACACAGUGUUUGUCGGUUACAAGAGAUCAAAAUAAACUGAACUCAUCUGAACUAUAUAUUUUUUUCUCUGCAAUCAGGUCCGGACCAGAAAGAGCUGGAUCCACACCAGUUCCAGGGGCCGAGGGUUAUGCCCCAGGGUUCCUCAGGCCUCUUCAUCCCUGGUUCUUCACCCGCUCUUCAACUGGAUCCUGACUUUCCACUUUGUCUAGAGGACUGUAGCCUCUUGGAACAAUAUCCAGACCUGCAGGUAGCUGACUCAGGCCGCAUCUCCCAAAACCCAAGAGUCAUCCUCACCCACAAUGCUCUCCCUGAAGUCUCUGAUCGGCCUGAAUGGUCCGCCAGACAAGAGCUCCGAGGUGAGCCUGUGACAUCAAUACCAGACCAGGGUUAUCUGGUCAUGGGGGCCAGUGUGAACACCAGCUUGGAUCUUCCAGGAUCCAGAUUGGAGCCCAUGUCUAACUCUGUGCUGAAUGGAUUGCUGGAAAAACAGCUGGAAGAGGUGUACAUGCAGCAUCUAACUGACAACUUGGCUCGAUGUAACUCUAAUUUUGGGAACAGUCUCCUGCACGGCCUGGUCCCUCCGCCACAGCCCAGAAGCCAGCUGAGUGGGCCUGACUCUCUGGAUGUCAGUCUGGAAGAAUCAGCAAAUGACAGCAGCAAGAAGAUCAGUUAUCUGAACACCCACAACUUAGCGCCCUGCUCAUCCAACUUCAGCUCUCCUGUACUGAGGAUUUCAGAGGCCGACACUCCUCAUCUCCAGUGAAAGCAGUCAUUCAUACAUCCUGUGAGAGUGUUUCAUGUGAAUCUCUGUUUCCUCUUUCUGCUUCUUUUCUCUUAUUUUCAUAGUAUAACCACGUGCAUCCAAAACAUGUGACUGUGAGUAUUUCAUUGAAUCAGUGCAUGCUUUUAUGUUUGUUCUGAUAAUGCCUUUGUUUGCUGGUUUGAUGAAAUAAUGCCUCAUACUUGCUGGCUCUCAAGUGCCACCUGCUGUUAAAUCAUUGUACUACAUCAACCUGUGCAUACCUGCCAUAGAUUAAAACUUAUUUUAUUGCCUGGAGAUGUUGAUCACAUUGAAACCAAGUGAAACCCAAAAUAAGCCUAAGGUGUUCACUGAAACUGUCUCAUUACUGAAACGUGUUCUGGUGUAAGUUACUGCAUGUCAUCAAUGUAAAUUAAAUAAAACCAAACAGUCCUGUGCUGCAUUUGGGAUUAUUUCUGCUGCAUUACAUGCUGGUUUCUCCUAAACAAAUAUGAUCUCUCUUUGCAUUAAUUUACUCUUAAUUAUACAACAUAUCUUUGAUUUAAUUUUUGACAGGAGAAGGACAGUUGUGUCUUCACGCACUUUGAUAUUGUGCGCCAAAGUCUUGCUUUUUUCAAAUGUCUGUUUUGCAGUGGUGCUUGAAGAAAAAUGGGUUGAAUUGAAAAGUGAGUUAAAGUGUAUAUUUUAAGUCAUAGAAUAGAUUCAGUUAAAACAUGAAAAAUGAAAACUUUCCUUUAAAGGCAGUUUUACAGUUGAGUCUCAAGUCCCCAGUGUUCAAGUCCAGGAGUCCAAGUCACCAAAGAGGAAUCCCCUCCAGGAAAUUAAUAUGUGUAAAUAGAGGACAAUGUUCAGGACACUUAAUGAUCUUCGUUAAUAAAUAAGUCUUAUUCAAGUCAUUCCAGACAAAGAGGAAGAGUUUGUGUUUUUCAGAAGGACCAUGUUUUUGUCUUUUCCCAGGAUUCUGCUUAUGCCACGAUAACAAGACUUCUUUAAAGCAUUUGAUACUGAAACACAGAGGAGAUCAGCACUUUUCAAUCAGUUUCCUGGUUUGAAUAUUGGCGGACAUGCCAAAACUCUUCAGUCAGAUCACAAAGUUAAAUACUAAAAGCAAGUGCUGUAAUGUCGCCAAAAUAUCUUGAUGUAAAACUGAAACAAAG